AUGACAGAAUAUUUAGAUGAUGUGGUUUCGAAACUCAGUGGAACAGUAGAGCUUUUACAGAACAGUAUAGAUAAAUUGCAUAACAACUCUGCUCCUAAUAACAAUUUGACAAGUAACAUGUUGCAAACAAGAAGAUAUUUUGAAUUGAUAUCAGAGUAUGAUGUUGAGAAGGCAAAAUUAGCACAAAAUGAAGAAAUUGAUCCUCUGGUGAAAAUAUUACACGAUAAAUUAGGGAGAUCUUUAGGUAAACUCCAAAGAGAAUAUGAUACGUUACAAAAGACAUAUGAGCUUAAUAAACUGAGAUUAAAUAACAGAGUGACUGAAGAAAAUGGAGCUAGAGGAGAUAAUGAUGAUCCAAAUAAAAUAAAUGAGAUCGAUUUUGAUCUGAGUACUGAUGUUGUUGUAAUGGCGUCUUCCACUAAUGAGGAGUUGGAAGAGUUAGGAAACAAUUAA